GACCCCCUUGUCUGCCCAUCAUCGGUCACCUGCACCUGAUGGAUCUGAAGAAACCCCACGAGAGUCUCAUGGAGCUGUCUGAGAAGUAUGGCCCAAUCUUCAGCAUCAAGCUUGGAACCAUGAAGGCUGUGGUCCUGACCGGCUACGAGACCGUGAAGGAUGCUCUCAUCAACCAUCCUGAUGUGUUUGCAGGAAGAGCUCAUAUCCCAAUAUUUGAUGACCUUGCCAAGAAGUAUGGUAACUCUCAUCUUCAUUUACUCUCAAACCUUUGGUAAUAUUUGGUUGCAUAGCUCUAUGUCCACUGUUUUCCAUCUAGAUUUUGCCAUUUAAAAGUGAGGUUCACCUUUAACAUGGUUGUAAUAUUAGGUGUUAACUGCAUUCAAGAGUGUGAAACAACGUCCUGCAGUAACUCAGUGGGCCAGGCAGCAUCUCUGGAGAACAUGGAUAGGUGAUGUUUUAGGGCAGGACAACUUGUCAAGAGUCUUUGAUCUGUUAAUCUAUUGCAGGAGUCAGGUAACCCAAACACAUAUUUCCAUGAAAAGAAAGGGAUAAGAACGACAUCCAACCUGUUUGCUGCUGGGAUGGAAUCGACUUCCUCCACACUUCGUUGGGCCAUGCUGCUGCUGAUGAAGUACCCCCACGUACAGGGUGAGGAGCGGUCUGAUUGAUUACUGUGUGUCGCGUGUGUGAAUCCCAACUCUAGCCCUGCCGCCCAGUGCUUUAACGAUGCCCUUGGUUUCCAGAGAAAGUUCACAAGGAAUCAUCAGUAUCAUUGGGUCAGAACGGUCGUCCGGAGCUGAAGAUCGGAAGAGUUUGCCCUACACUAACGCGGUGAUCCAUGAAGUCCAGAGGUUUGGCAACGUUGUCCCAAUGAACAUCAUGCAUUCAACAACAGCGGACGUAAACUUUAAGGGAUAUUUCAUCCCAAAGGACACUCCCGUGAUCCCCUUACUGACCUCGGUGCUUUUUGAUAAAACUCAGUGGGAAAACCAGAGAGCCUUUAACCCUUCCAACUUUCUGGAUGCUGAUUGGAAGUUUGUGAAGAGAGAUGCUUUUGCUCCUUUCUCCAUGGGACGCAGGGCCUGUGCUGGAGAAACCCUGGCCAGGGUGGAGCUCUUCCUGUUCUUUACAACUCUGAUACGGAAGCAAUCAAUGGUGUCUCCAUGA